AUGUCCCACCCCCUCAAAAUAACAACCCGCAUCCCCCUCCCCCCACCCACCCCACCCUCCACCCUCCUCUCCGCCCUCCACGCGUACACCCCCCUCAUAACCGCCAACCCCUACCUAAAAUCCUACAUCUCCCUUCCCCUCCCCUGUGGCUCCUCUUCCUCUUCCUCCCCCUCCCCCUCCCCCUCUGAUUAUCCCCACCCCAUUCCCCCUUCCCUCACCGACGACCCCCAAUUUUUCCAACCCUCCGGUCCCGACGGUUACAACCCGGCCUCCUACCUCAUCACCGACUCCGUGCCCCUUCUCCCGCUUCCCGACUGGCUAGGCGGUGGUUCUCUCUUGGGGAGUAAAGAAGUCUCGGUACCUUGUACCUUCCAGAGUUUCGGGUACGGAGUUCGUUGUAAGGCGGUUGCGGCAGCUGGGGCGGGGGCGGUAGUGGUGAGGAGUAGCUAUGAGGUGAGACAUCGGUAUCGGCCUAAGCAUAGUCCACAAACACAAGCAGCACAAGCAGAAGCACAGAGCAGUGGUGGGCAGCAACCAGGGAAAGAAGGGCAGCAGGAUAGGGAAGAAGUAGGGCUGGGACUAGGUCAAGGUCUAAGAGCCGGCCUCCGAAAAGGCGGCCCCGACGACCUUGCGAACAACCCCAACCCCAACAGCAAAUCCAAACCCCCAGGAACAAAACUAAUCAACAAAGCAACCGGCACGAGCAUCGAAAACUACGAGUACGAACUAGUCGAGAUCGCCACAAUCGAGUGUCCGGCCAUCGUGCGCCCCUUCGUCAAGGCCAAGUUCGAAAAGGGUCACCAGGAGGUUCUGCAGCGGGUGGUGGAUCAGGUGGUGGCGGAUUGGAUGGAGGAGUUGAGGUCGUCCAAGGGGUCUGGGGCGGCGUCGGGGACGGGGAGGGGGAGGACUUUGUUGCAGGAGAUACAGCAGAGUUAGAUGGGUGGAUGGGUGGAUGGGUGAGAGGGAUGGUGAUGGUGAUAUAGUGCUGGUAUCAGCGCUGAUGUGCCAUGGUAUGGGCGGGUUUGUGACCAGUCAUGACAUUCGGGGCGGUAGUCAUUGCAUAACUUGGGGCGAGGUCUCAGAAUAAGACUACUUUUAGGGAACAAGGAAGUGAAUACGGGUUUACCAGUCGUAUUGUCUAUGAACUUGAUCUAUCAGCACGAAUGAUGAAUUCAACUAAUGGAGGGCGCCUAUAAAGCUCUUCAUAUUAAUGUCUGCAAAGGUAUGGGUAUUGUAGUUGGUUUAUUCGACAACUCUAUAUGAACAACGA